UUUUGGGAAAAUAGGAGGUUAGUUUUCUUCCGUGGAGGUGGUUUCUGCUGCUUCAAGCUAAGAAUUUCAUUCCCUGUGAGAAUUAAUGGAAUUUGGUGCUCGAGGUCUGACGGCGUGUACUCAUGGUCGAGACCCUUUUCUGGUUGCGCUACCUGACUUAUAAAUACGUUCGGCCUCUCAGCGCGAGCGAGCUCACUUCUUCCUCUUCUCUUCCUGUGCCCUUUUCUAUUUGACCUCGUCUCCGACUCUCCGGGCCGCCAGAGGAGAAUGAGUUCCCAGAUAUGCAGAGCCGCUUCAAGGAGCGCUAGAACGCUCCUUCCCGCCUCCCGGAACUCGGUUCUCUUCUCCCAAGGGCGGACAGUGGCAGCGGCAUCUGCUGCUUCUUUUAGAGGAAAGAUGUCUACACUGGCUUCAGUUUAUCAGCAGAAAGAAGCCAGGAGUACCUUGAGUGGAUGGCUUUCUGGAGCUCUAGUUCUUCCUGCGGCAGCAUACAUGCUUCAGGAUCAGCCUGCAGAAGCUGCUGAGAUGGAGCGCACUUUUAUUCUUAUCAAGCCGGAUGGGGUGCAAAGAGGCCUGAUUGGAGAAAUUAUUGCUCGUUUCGAGCGCAAAGGAUUCAAACUUGUGGCCAUCAGGCUGGUGAUUCCAACAAAGAGCAUUGCUGAAGAACACUGUCGUAAAAACAGAAUUAAGGGGUCUUCCUUCAAUUCGUUAUCCAACUUUUUGUGCUCCGGUCCCGUUCUUGCAAUGGUUUGGGAAGGGGAAGCAGUGGUAAGGUAUAGCCAGAAGCUUAUUGGAAACAACGAUCCACAGAGAUCAGAGCCUGGAACAAUUGUUGGAGACCUUGCAGUCUUGCCUGAACGGAACGUCAUUCAUGGAAGCAGCGAUCCUCGAACUGCAAAGGAUGAGAUCAGCCUUUGGUUCAACCAAGAGGAACUUCCUAGUUACACCAGCAACACUGAAAAUUAGGUCUAUGGCAGCAGCUAAGAAGCCAAUUUUUCAUUUGAAUCAUUAUGAUUGUUAUAUUUGUCAUUGCAUGUAUAUGGUGCCAUAUUGAAUUCUUGCUUUUCCAGUCAGGAAAUCAGGCUUCCAUUAAUAAGGCUUUGGAGUUUGAUGUAAAAAGUCUUCAUCAAUAUAUCUCAAUCCGUUGAUUUUAUGAAAUGAUUAGUUUUCUUUCUCCUAA